UUUUACACAGAAAAAAAUAUUAGUCAUUUUAUCAAUUUAUCAAAAAAGCAAAAAUAAAUUAAAAUUGGUAACACUGUGGAGUCGCAGCACAGUGUAGUGUGCAUAUUAUUUUAUCAAUUUUUCUGGGGAGCAAAAAAAAAUUAAUUUAACGAAAAUUUAUUAUACAAAUUGAUGUUUUUCAAGUACAAAAAGUAAUCCUAUUUAAUGAAAUAAGCUUUGAAAUAUCUCAAAGUUAUUAACCAAACUAUAUAUUUCAUUAGUUAAAGUACGGUUCCGUGCCUUAAUCAUGAAUAAAUAAACUGGUGAUUUGCGACCUAAAGACAUACAAUUCAAAACACAAGGUGCUUGUCAUCUCGCACGUUGGAUGGCCAAAUAAUUGUGUUGUUUAAAACUAUUUUUAUUCCGACACCAGUUUAAAAUUACUCAAUGCGAAGAUAAAUUUUUAAAACGAAUCUGCUGUUUUAUUAUAAAGUGUUACGCAGAAUCGUGGUUUUCAUGUUCAAAUAUUGCUAAGUCCACAAGAAAUGACAUCGGGUUUUUAAAAAAAUUGUAUUUUUAUAAAAAUUACGAUAAAGAAUUCGCUGAAAAAGCAAUUAUGAAAUUUAUUAAUCAUUUGUGGUACUUGAGUGAAGAGUAUGCGGCUUUUUCAAUUUUUUAUGAAAGUUUAAGUAAUGAUACAAGAAGAAAAAUGACUGAAAAAAUUAUGCAUUGUACUCCUGAAAAAGAAUCGCAAAAAAAGUUCAUCCUCAAAUUUGAAGAUUUACAACACUUUCUUAGCAAAGAUUUACCAUUAGAUAUUCUAGGAAAUGAUUCGAAAAACAUAUUUGAGAAAUUUAAUAUGUUUACUGAUUUUUUGAAAGUUCAGCCGGACAAAUGGAAUGAAAAUGAAGGGUACAUUGAAGGAAAAAGAGUGGUAGAAUCAAUAAAAGUAGUCAACGAUACGGCAGAACGAGGGGUCAAACUUUUGACGGAUUUCAAUGAAAAGUUCACGAAAAAUGAAGAACAAAAGCAAUUUUUUUUGCAAGUAGUUAAGAUUAUAGAAAAAAGUUUCCUGGAUAGUAAAGAUACACUCAAAGAAUCAUAUAUUUGAAAAUUCAUUUUUACUAUCAUAAAUACAUUAUUCAUUACUUUUAUAUUAAAAUGGUC